GGGCUGGCAGGGUCUCAUCGCUCAGGGAUGUCACUCCAGCAUCCUCAUCAUCGACCCGAAGACGGCUCAGACCAUCCAGGUGCUGGAGAGGCACAAAACCAACGUGGUCAAGGUGAAAUGGUCGAGGGAAAACUACUACCACAACCUGAGCUCGCCCUACUGCCUGCGGCUGGCCUCAGGAGACGCCUCGGGGAAGAUCAUCGUGUGGGACGUGGUCAGCGGCACGGCUCACUGCGAGAUCCAGGAGCACUCCAAACCCAUCCAGGAUAUGGAGUGGCUGUGGAACCAGGACGCGUCUCACGACCUCCUCCUUGCCGUCCACCCUCCCAACUACAUCGUCCUCUGGAACGCAGACACCGGAGCCAAGCUGUGGAAGAAGAGCUACGCCGAGAACAUCCUCUCCUUUUCCUUCGACCCCUUCGACCCGUCUAACCUGGCAUUGUUGACCAGUGAAGGAAUAGUCUUCAUCACAGACUUCUCCCACUCCAAACCACCAGGCAGCACUGGUAAAAAGGUCUACAUCGCCAGCCCCCAUGCAAGUCCAGCACACACCAAACCUGCCCCCGCUGCUGCCCCGGCCCCCACUGGGGCCAAAAAGGCCCUGAACAAAGUCAAAGUGCUCAUCACCAAUGAAAAACCCACAGCGGAGGCCGUCACGCUGAACGACUGUCUGCAGCUCUCCUACCUGCCGUCCAAAAGGAACCACAUGCUGCUGCUUUAUCCCAGAGAGAUCUUAAUCCUGGACCUGGAACUCAGCCAGACCGUGGGCGUGGUGGCCAUCGAGCGCUCCGGGGUGCCGUUCAUCCAGGUGAUUCCCUGCGCUCAGCGAGACGCCCUCUACUGUCUCCAUGAAAACGGCUGCAUCACGCUCCGAGUGUGUCGCUCCACGUCGGCUCCAGAGGAGGCAGCAGACCCAGAACAGAACAUCCAGGAGCUGGUGUACGACCUGCGCUCCCAGUGCGACGCCAUCCGUGUCACCAAGACGGUGCGGCCGUACCGCAUGGUUAUUUGUCCUGUGAAUGAAAACAAAGCUGCGCUGAUGGUCAGCGACGGCAGAGCCAUGCUCUGGGAGCUGAAAGCCCACACUGGACGUGCUGCUGCCAAUCCCAGUUCGGGUCUGUCGCCUCUCUACUCCCCCGUGGCUUUUUGUGGAGCUCCUUUGGGUCCAAACCAGAAAAGGAUUCAGGAUCUCAGUCUGAACAGCAUGAUCGGUCAAAGCUUGAUUGCUGGCGAGACGGCUCCUCAAUCCUCCACCCAGCAGGAGGUGCAGCUGAAGUUCCUGCUCACUGGGCUGCUGUCCGGUCUGCCGCUGCCCCCGUUCGCCAUCCGCAUGUGUCCACCCCUCACCACCAAGAACAUCAACCAUUACCAGCCCCUGCUGGCUACAGGCACCAGCAACGGCUCUGUGCUGGUCUACAACCUGACCAGUGGUCUUCUGCACAAAGAGCUCAGUGUUCACUCCUGUGAAGUCAGGGGRAUUGAAUGGGUGAGUCUCACCAGUUUUCUGUCUUUUGCCACUUCUUCUCCGAACAACAUGGGUCUGGUGCGAAACGAGCUGCAGCAUGUUGACCUGCCCACAGGCAGAUGCUUUGCAUUCAGAGGUGAGCGAGGAAACGAUGAGCCGCCCAUCGAUAUGAUUAAAGUAUCUCAUCUCAAGCAGUACCUGGUGGUGGUGUUCAGAGACAAACCCUUGGAGCUGUGGGACAUCCGGACGGGGACACUUCUCCGAGAGAUGGCCAAGAGUUUUCCAACUGUUACAGCUCUGGAAUGGUCUCCGUCCCAUAAUCUGAAGAGUCUGAAGAAAAAGCAGCUGGCAGCCAGGGAGGCCAUGGCUCGACAGACGGUGUCCGACGCUGAGCAGAGUAACGUGGAGUCCUCUGUCAUAAGCCUCCUGCAAGACGCCGAGAGCAAAUCAGAGACCAGCCAGGCGAUCUCAGCCCGGGAGCACUUUGUAUUCACCGACACAGACGGGCAGGUCUAUCACAUCACUGUAGAGGGCAACACGGUGAAGGAUGGAGCACGAAUCCCUCCUGAUGGCAGCAUGGGCAGCAUCGCAUGCAUUGCCUGGAAAGGCGACACCUUGGUGCUCGGAGAUGUGGACGGAAAUCUCAAUUUCUGGGACCUCAAGGCUCGUUUGUCGAGGGGGAUACCGACCCAUCACGGCUGGGUGAAGAAGAUCCGCUUCGCUCCAGGGAAAGGCAACCAGAAACUGCUGGUCAUGUAUCCGGACGGAGUCGAAGUGUGGGACACUAAAGAGGUUCAGAUGGUCAGCAGCAUACGGUUCGGUCGCAAUGUGAACUACCGCAUCUUAGACAUCGACUGGUGCACGUCGGACAAGGUGGUUCUGGCGUCGGACGACGGCUGCGUCCGCGUGUUGGAGAUGGCCAUGAAGUCUGCCAGUUAUCGAAUGGAUGAGCAGGACCUGACAGAUGCUGUGUGGUGUCCCUACCUGCUGCUCCCCCGGGCCGCCCUCACUCUCAAGGCUUUCCUCCUGCUGCAGCCCUGGUCCGGAACCUUCACCAUGGACAUCACGCAGGUAGAUUACACUGAAAAGCUGGAGAUCAAAGGCUUGAUCCAGGAGCAGCUCAACUCUUUGUCAAAUGAUCUGAAGAGCGUCCUUCAGGACCCAGAGCUCAGUCUUCUGCAGCGCUGCCUCCUGGUKUCGCGGCUGUUCGGGGACGAGUCCGACCUCACCUUCUGGACGGUGGCGUCCCAUUACCUGCAGGCGUUCGCUCAGGCCCGGCAGCUCAGCGUGUCCGCCGCAGAGGGGGGCGAGGAAAGUCAGCCGGCGCCUCAGAACCACCUGGACAUCUGCCAAGAUGUUCUGUGUGAGAGCUCCUACUUCCAGAAGUUCCAGUUGGACCGAGUCCACCUGCAGGAGGUGAAGCGCUCCAGUUAUGAACACACCAAGAAGUGUGCUGACCAGCUCCUCCUGCUGGGCCAGACUGACAGAGCCGUGCAGUUACUGCUGGAGACGAGUGCAGACAACCCCAGCUACUACUGUGAUUCCCUCAAAGCCUGCCUGGUGACCACCAUCACCUCAUCAGGACCCUCACAGUCCACCAUCAAGCUCGUGGCCACCAACAUGAUCGCUAAUGGAAAGCUGGCAGAGGGAGUUCAGCUUCUGUGUUURAUCGACAAGGCAGCAGACGCCUGCCGCUACCUGCAGACCUACGGGGAGUGGAACCGAGCCGCGUGGCUCGCUAAGGUGCGCCUGAGCCCAGCAGAGAGCUCCGAYGUGCUGAAGCGCUGGGCGGAGCACCUGUGCUCCCCGCAGGUCAACCAGAAGUCCAAAGCCAUCCUGGUGCUGCUCUCCCUCGGCUGCUUCUACAGAGUGGGAGAGAUGCUGCACAGUAUGAGGUACUUCGAUCGUGCCGCCCUCUUCAUCGAGGCCUGUCUGAAGUACGGAGUGAUGGAGGCCAACGACUCCUCUAAUAAACUCAUCGAGGCGUCCUUCCUGGACUACGCGCGGCUGCUGCGCACGCUCGGCCUGCGCGAGGGCGCCGCCCUGUGGGCGUCGCGCGCCGGCGGCGCCGGGGAGCAGCUGAUGGAGGAGCUGUUCCAGGGGGAGGGGGGAGUCCCAGGAGCUCUCCUCGGGGAGGACGAAGUGGAGCUGGGACAGGAGAGCACCGAGUGAUGUGAAGCAGGAAGUGAACGAUGAGCGGGUCACUUCCUGCUUCCUGGRAAACAUCGUAUUCCUAAUCUGUAAAGACUUUAACUCCUUAAUCUGAUGUAAUCUGUGUUUCUGUGCAUGGUCCAGGUACCAAAACAACCACUUUAAUUCACCCAACAAAACAUCAAACUAUCAA